AUGUCGCCCGUGGCAUCUACAUGUCUACUUUGUGAGAUGAGAACUGUUGUCUGGGGCUGGCAGCCCGCCGUCCCUCAACCAUGGCAUUUUGUCCGCUUCGCUUCGUCCGCCAGGCUGGCCCGGCGCAAACCCGCGCGUAUGGCUCUAUCCCCGAAUGUUGCAAGAUCCUCUGACCGGUUCAAGGAUUCCAAGAAGAAGAAGCCUCCCCCGACGUUCAAGAAUAACCCCUUUGGAGGAAUGAACCAAACUAGAGCUCGGCUACCUGAUCGCCCAAUACCCCGGUCCGAUGCGGAGCUGAAAAGAUCUUCGUCAGAUCUGAAUAAUAAGGAAAAGGAUGCUGCGGACAAGAAACAGGAUGGCUCGCUUUUCAGAGCUCUGAAAAUGCAAAUUGCCCUGUCUCCAAUACCUUACUCGCGUCGUAAUAGAAUUAAGGAAAAAAUCGCCGCUGUUACCAGUUUUGAUCAGUUCCCGCUCCUCCCUCAAGUACGAGAAGCGGUCUACGCGAAUGCAUUCCCAACGCUUACCGAAAUCUCCCCGACUCCUAUCCAACGUGUAGCUAUUCCAGCACUGCUUAGACCACCCAUCUCCGAGACGGAGAAGAACAAGAGAAAGAAGAAGCCGCAGGAAGAAGAGGAAGAAGAAUUGUUCCAUUUCGACCAAUUCCUGCUGGCCGCUGAAACGGGGACUGGCAAAACUCUAGCAUAUCUUCUGCCAAUCAUAAACUGGAUCAAGCAGGCUGAGAUGGUAGAGAAAGACACGGAAUUGAUGGAUAAUGGGGAAAAGCAGCAAGGAGUAACGGAGAAGAGCAAAGAAAAUCUAUUUGAACUUGAGGCUCCGGAGUUGGCCACGCCUGAACAUUCAAACGUCGCACGACCCCGAGCUAUUAUUUUAGUGCCAACAGCAGAGUUGGUAGAACAAGUUGGGAAACUCGCAAAGCAGCUUUCACAUACCGCCAAGUUUCGCUCUGCAACGAUUUCUUCUGUCUAUACUCCUCGUAGAAUUACAAACAGCCUCUUCAACCCCGCCGGAAUUGAUAUCCUCAUUUCUACCCCUCAUCUUCUUACCUCAAUUGCCAAAACCAACCCAUAUAUUCUCAGUCGCGUCGCUCAUCUCGUCAUCGAUGAAGCGGACUCCCUCUUAGAUAAAUCCUUUUCGCCCCUCACAUACUCCAUUAUGGAAAAGACAGCUCCGUCACUGACACAACUGAUCCUUUGCUCCGCCACUAUCCCCCGAAGUCUCGACUCCGUUAUGGAAAAGAAAUUCCCAGAAAUGAAGCGUCUCGUCACACCAAAUCUCCACGCCAUCCCGCGCAGAGUCCAACUCGGCGUCGUGGACGUGGACAAGGACCCAUCCCGCGGAAACAAAAAACUCGCUUGCGCGGAUAUAAUUUGGUCCCUAGGCAAAGCAGGGGAAGUAGCUGCAUUCCUCAGCCAGAAGGGCAUCCAUACGGCCGCGCUUUCACGAGAUACACCGGACCAGCGCAAGGAUGAGAUCCUCGCUGAAUUUACCCACGUCAAACCACUCCCCACCCCCCAAGAGGUCAAAGACGCGCAGCGGAACAAGAGGAAUUGGUUCUCGGACCCAGUUCCAUUUGCCACAGGUGAGAACUCACACCUGGGUCCACAGAGGAAUCUCCGCGAUACCAAGGUACUUGUCACGACGGAUCUUGGCUCUCGCGGUAUUGACACCGUCGCGGUGCGCAAUGUUAUUUUGUUCGAUGUUCCGCACACCACCAUUGACUUCAUCCAUCGACUAGGUCGUACGGGUCGCAUGGGAAGGAGAGGACGUGGAAUUGUUUUGGUUAGCAAGAAGGAUCGGAAGGAUGUUGUGAAGGAGGUGAGGGAGGCCAUGUUUAGAGGGCAGGCGUUGAUAUAG